AAAUCAUGGGCAACCUCCUCGUGGGUUGUAUCUUACAAUUCUCAUUCUGUUUCAUCUUUCUCAAGGCUUUACUGAAUUGAUCCAUUGCUUCAGAACUGUGGCAUUAUCGCUCGCUCACCUACUCAAACGUGCUGUCAUCCAUCUACUUCCCAUCCCAAACCUACCAGAAUGGCACCAAUGAUCUUGGACACGACGACAUCUCCACCACAAAACACCAGUCACGAUCCUAGCUCUGGCCACUUUCUGUGGAUGCAAGAUGUACCGCCAGAAAUGGUAGUAGUUGGAAUCGUUGCCAUCUCAAUAGCCACCGCCCUGAUAUUUGCGGGGAUAGCAUAUGUCAUCGUUCGAGUCUGUCGGCGGGUAAAUCCAGCCGAUAGCCUCGAAUCCGGAAUGCAACAAGUCUGUCCGAUGGAAGAAAGAAGGGAAAGCAACUGGCUUCAAAGGCACAGUGAAGGCCUGUGGAACGACUUUAUUGGAGAAGACGAUCUCAAGUCUCACUUCUCCAAGCCGUCAACAAUGUCGAGAAUGUUCUCCAUUGCCUCGGUGUCCACCUUGGAUGCCGGAAGAUGUCCUUUGGAUAGACGACCGUCUCCAUUGCAAAGACAUCCACUCACCCGAACCGAUACGGCAACAUCAAAAGACGCGCUUCUAGGAUCGCCCGCAAAAAUUCCCAGCCAUGAAUUCAGUGUCUGUAGACCAGCUUGGUGGGACCAGGAGCUGGAUCUUAUCCCAACUGAUGACUCUCCUCGACCUCGAGCUGCAUCGCAACCUCAUCCAUAUACCGACAAGACUUCUUUUGAGGACCUCAAGUCCCGCAAACAGAGCUUGCCAGUAUGGCAGAUUCUUGGGACAAAGUGAUGGAAUGGUGACCAUGGAAGCAGGAGACGUGGUCAAUACGGGGAGGGAGAAAGGAUUAGGAAUAUGCAAAGGUGAUGCUCUGGAAUGAAUGGCCACGAUAACGACGAUAGCGAUGAUGCAAAGUGUGUACUGACCUGACCGUAUUUGAAUAUGCUUUUGAGCAGACAUGUAUUUG